CUUUUCACCAAGCUCAAAGUGAGGGCCCACCUCCCAACUAACUCAUGACCGUCAUGAGGUGCCUGUCCGGUGGGUGGCUAGACAGGCCGAGUGCGUGCUCUCGUGCAUGUGCGUGUCUCGCUAAACACAACAAUGUAAUAGUCCUACGCAUCGUCUCGUGAGUGGGCGCUACUCCUGACGUUGGAUCGUCGCUUGAUCUGCAUGUCGCCUCGCUGACCGGCCUGCCCUCCCCGCCCGACAUCGUGGUGGCUGGAUAUCGACGCUCGACGGGAAGUUUCAGCUUCGACCAUGCUCAAGAUGCUGAGAUUUAAUUCAGGAUGCAUUCCGAAUUAGCACAUGAUGAUGUGGCCUACCCUUCCGCACUAGCUUGCAAUUCUUCCUCGCUCUUCGGGGACCGGUCUGUCACGUAUGGAAGGAAGGGACAGCGCAGCAACACAUACACGAGAGGAUAGAAGAGGUGCUCGUGUCUGCUUCUUUGCCCCGCCACAAGAGCCUACCAAAUCCAAAGGCUUCCGCACAAGUCCUCAUCUAAACAUCUCAUACACCGAAUCCGUCCCCUAAACAGGAUGAGUUAGAGGUCCCUCCCUUACCGCCAGGUUGUCCCGCUGUGCCCCAAGCUGUUUGUUGAUUUCGUGUGCCAGCUCACUGCGGUCGCCCCCGCACUCAACCUCCGUCGCAACAGCCACACUGCAUGGACAGAACAGAGAACAAGAUGGUGAUCCGUGUCGCAUGUCUCUCCGAUAAUAUCCAUACACUAUCUUUCGUACCCGACAGUGAGGACUUGCCUGUCCUCAAGAUUUAGACCGUCAAGCCCCUCGUACUCAUCGACUACAAAUGCACCAGUCGAGCACGCAACAGUCAGGCCACCUUCGCUCGCAUCAGCAUGCAUGCAUACACGAAGGCCUCCUUGUUGUGUCCGUCCGCUUAUGCAUGGAGUGAAGUUCGCACCUGCUGGCGAUGCACCAACUGCCUGGGCGGAACCUGACGGCGCCAUACCAUUGAGCACACCAGUGACAGCCCCGCAGGUAAGAAAUUUCAUCGUAUCGCUUAAUGGUCGACUGGGCAGCGUUAUACCUGUGUGGUCAAGGUGGGUGUCUCGCAACAUUGCGAACCGCAUGCGCUCAUGCUGUACCACCCUCAAAUCGUGCUCCACUUGCAACAUCUCAUCCUGACAAUGCAAGCAUCCAAUGCACGUGUGCAUCUACCCCCAGACCCUUUUCUCCGGUCACCUGCAGUUUCUGGAUCUUCUGCUGCAUGGUAAAUUCCAUUUUGUCCACGCGGAGGGGCCGGGAAGCCGGGCACUGAGAAGCAUCACCAUCGUCCGCCUGCGACUCCAGCGAGCUGCUACACGGCCGCCUCUCGGCGGCGCGUUUGCGGUACUCAAUCUCGCUCUCCGCUGCCAGAUAGGCGCUCUGCAGGUGGAGUGUGCCAUGGGUAAACAGCAGAGAGGCACAGCAGGCGGGUUCACGUGCGUUCGUGCGUGUGUGUGGGCUGGUGGUACGUCCUCUUGAUCACCUUGUCGCUUUCCACUUCUUCUGCUUUGACCUGUGCUGCAAGGGUGUCUUGCGUCUGCUCGUCGAAUGCCCUGUUCUGUUGCUCUACAUCGGUCCUGGUGCCACACAGCUGCAAAGACAAGAGUAAAACGCACAACGGAUUCCGGCAAGCAUUGCUCACCCAUCCCACCCACCUGGAGAAUGACGUCUUCCACCUGCUGCUUUGCCCGAGCCCUCUCGGCAUCGUCAGCAUCCAAACCCUGUGGAGGUGAAGAGAUAAGGGCGGAGGAAAGGAGGACAGAAAAGGUGACAGUGUCGGGUGAGGGAUCUGUGAGUGCACACGGCUUCGGCCCAUUUGUCUGUGUCAACCUCUUUGUGGCUCACCUGCUCCAGCUGUUUCGCAUCAGAACGCAACUUGGCCUGCGGACCACAGACAAAGGACACGAUUCUCGGCAACUUGACAUGUCCCGCUCCCCUCCAUGUGUCGAGAUCAUCUCUACCAGGUUGUCAUUGAUCGCUACAAACUCCCGAUGCUCCUCAACAUUGCGUCGAGCACCGGUCGUGUUGCCUUCAGCCUUGCUACCACCGCCUCCCAUCACUCCUUCGCCGCCCACCCCAGCGGUCUCCUCGGCCCUGCCAGCCCUGGUGUGCCUCGACCGGUGCUUUUUCUUGACCGUUUUGCCGCCUCCCAUGGCCCCUUCUAUCGGCCCAACGGGAUCGUCCCCCACAUCCAGCUCCCCUGCCAUGUCAAGGCCCGUCGGGGACUCGAUCAGCUCGUCUGCGCCACCGGGGAAUAGGUGGGCGGCACUCGCACUGACAUCAGAGACUGAGGCACCCGCUGCAGCCGGUGGUGGAGGUGCUGCAGAGGAAAGUGCGGGGUUGUCGUCGAGUCGAUCGCCCCCCUCUGCGUCAUAGUAGCGCAGCGAUUGGCUCUGAGGUGUGACGUCGGGGCGCAACAUCGCACCGUUGGUGUUGACAUGGCCCUCCUCGACAUCCACGAAGUCACACGACGACUCGGCUCCAUCGGCAUCGCCCAAUGGAGGCUCGAGGGCGGCCUGCAGUGUCUGGCCCUCACGCGCCGCAUCACCGACCACCAUUUCUGAGUCGCCGUCGACGUCGCCCACGGCAGGGGCAGCAGAACCUGUUGGUUGGGACGGACGGACGAAGCGACAGAGAGACAGGUGCACAGUUUGUGGUUGUAUGUUUUGCCAGCUUACUGUCGACGUGUGUUUGGUUGGAGGCCCUCUGUGUUGCCGAGAGGAAUGGCAUGUGGCCAGGGGCUUGCUCGGCCUGUGCGGCACCUUGGUCUUCUGCGGUCUUCUCCUUUGACCCGCUGCGACCCUUCUGCAGACAUUCAGUCGAUGGAAGCGCCCGUAUCUGUCUUGGCAGUCUGAUGCAUGUCAGCUGUUGCUAGGUGUCCUUCACCCUCCGCUCCCACCUUUCGUUGGCUCUGCUUGUCCUUGCCUUUGCGCGCUUCCUCCGCGAUGAGCUUGCGGGCGUUCUCAGCGGCCCUCUGGUCCGCCUUCUUCAGGUCCGCCUCAGCCGUCUUGCGAAUCAACUCAGCACAAUCCUGGCAAUAUAUCGACAUGUGACGAUCAGAUAAUGGGCAUGAACAUGCAUAAGGAAUUCGUUUCUUCAUUCAUCUGCAAUCUGUCAUUGUAAGCGACUGACCUUGUGUCCCCUCUUGGCCGCCAUUCUCUCUGCGCUUUCAUUGUCCCUGUUGACGGCGGCAACGUCGAUGAGGGGCAGUAUGUCGGGUCCCAGUAGCCACCUGAUCAGCUUCUUUCUGCCGGCCCUGGCCGCCACGUGGAGGGGCAGGUUGCCCUCGCUGUCUGGCUGCCGAAGAGCGGCGGUGAAGUCUUCGCCGCCGUACUCCUUGAGCACCUUGAGCAGCUCAACCGCAUCGCGCUCCAACUCAUCCUCGCUGUGGCGAUUCUCAACCCACUCUACUGAGACAGAUUAAUGGACGGGUCGAUGGUGCACCCAACACAACACAACACAACACAACACGACACGACACGACACGACAUGACAUGACAUGACAGGGACCUUUGUGCGAGUGUGUGCCCUGACCAUUGUCAUUGUCUGUGGCUUUGCCAGUCUCUCUUUCGACGUCCUCGUUCGGUCGCUCGCUUGAGGCUGAUGCAGCAGCGGCGGCGGCGGGUGGGUCAGCGGCAGCGUGUGUCUUGGUGACAGUCCUGCGCACUAGGUUGGAGCGCUCGCCUCUGGGUGGCCCUUCGCACGCCAUGUGCACAAACGUGACAGAAUCCCAACGACCUGACAAUCCAAUCAACGAAAGGGAAGAAAAGGGCAUCGUAUGGUUGCCUUGUCAGUGUUUUUUGUCUUGUACGGCUCUAUUGCGACGUACUUUUGCGCGGUGUUCUGUUGGUGUGUGGGUUGUGUGGGUUUUGUAUGUUGGUCUGCAGGAUGGGCCUUUCGCGCUCGGACUUGUCCUUGACGAUCACCUCCAACUUGUAACCCUUCUUCAUGUCAGAAUCUGAGCAGGGGACAGUCACGGUCAUUCAUGUACCCCACAUUGAUGCCCUGUGCUCGCCCUUGUACUCUUCAUGAGGAGGAAUUUGGCCUCGUUGGGUCUCGCCCAGAAGCACGCGGCGCCCAACGGAGACGAUGUGACGUAUUCAAUUUGCUUUGCUGACCAAAGAAAUCACAGCAGACACACCAUCCACGCAUCAAUUCACCCGCUCAGGCAGCCAUCCAUCCUCGUGUCGUGGCUAACUGACGUUUGCGCAGGAUGGAUAUCGGUCCGAUGGCCUCGGUGUCCACCUUGUCCGUCUGUGCCAGUUUCUGAUACAAAUCAGGGGAGCGGCGCACUUUGAUUUUGGUAUGGAGAGGCCUCACUUAUCCGUACCACAAGCAUGCGGAGGUUGCCGAGCAUCACAGCCUGGGUCACCAUGGGGGUCGGCACGUAAUCUACGGACUCAUAACCACACGCACACCAUGGAUAUAGUGUAGAGCUAGUUGGGUACAUUGUGGCUUGACUCGAUUGAGCGACGGUACCUUUGGUGAUCAUGGUGGCUGGUUCGUUGUCUGGCUUAGCGAGCUGCAGCGGUUGCUCGAUGAGCAUGUGGUGGAAGUUGAGGUCACCGUUCCUCUUGAGUAUCUCCUUCUUGUACUUGAGCAACAGAUCUAACGCCUUGCCCUGGUUGAACGUCACCGCACCCUGCUCAAGCGGUAGGCAGACCAGUGGCGAUGCACACGACCCGACCCCUUCCCGUCUCACUCCUUAUGCUUUGUUCUUCAGCGACCUUCUCACCUGUAUGGCCGAGUCGACGGCGUUGAGAUGGACGACUUUGGGCAUCAUGGCCAUCCUGGCUUGCAGCCACAGGAGGUUGGGCUUGGUGAGGUCGCCCAGCGUGGUCGUGCCGUCCUCAUCGGUGGCGUACGCGCGGAUCUCGACGGCGAUGUCGUCAGGGUCCAAGGACAGCCGCCGCUCCGCGGCCUCAUGACCCUCAUCCUCACUCCUACGCGCCCUCGCAGCCUUGCUCCUCUCACGCGCAGCAGAUCUCUCGCGAGUGACUUUGCGCUUGGCCUUGCUGUCUGCUUCGUCGGCAUCCUCCUCCCUCACCAGGGAAUACAGGUGACACAGGCACUAAAGCGGGGAAGGAGGGAGAGAGAAGGAUGCACCGACAUCCUAAUCCAUCUGUGUGCUCACUUGUAAGAGUUCCUGGUGUCGAGCUGGGUCUUGAGAGUCAAUGUCAAAUAGAUCAGGUUGUUGUCUACUCAUCCCUGGUCUUGUUUACCGCGCUGAGCUUUGUUUCAUCUAUUUGGCCUAGAGCAGAGUGACUGUCCUAACUGAGCUGUC